UACAGACAACCCUUAAAUGCUGGAAACCCAGAAAAUGAUGUGAUUUUAGCCGCUAAAAUGAAGUUCUUAGCAUCUCAGACAAACAAGCUUCAGGAGAGAGUGGAAUCUGAAGGACUACACAGAAGAGUCAAGUCAUGGACCCCAAUCAAUGCUGCUGAUUCAUUGGACUUUCCACGUCUCUCAGAGGAGGAUCUGUGUAAUUUGACUAUUGGUGUUUACCAGUUAAAGCUGGCUAAGGGGUACACUGCUCAGCACAUGGAUGAAGAAGGUGAUUACGUCAUCAUGGUAAAUGCUGAUAUUCCUGAUGUUCUGCGGAUAAGGAUCCAGAGUCGACAUAUUUCAAGUAAACAAUACCUUCUUUGGAUAGAGCACUCAGAGGGAGCUGUUACUGGUUGGUAUUGCCAGUGUCGUGCUGGAGCCAGAGUUGUCGGGGCAUGUGCCCAUGUGGCUUCAGUUUUGUGGUUUCUCGGCUACGAGAGACACAAAAACUUUGCAGUGAAUACUACUCAAGACUGGGAUGACUAUCUUGAAGAUGCAGCUGUGCUUCCUGACUCAUCAGAAAGUGAAAUGAGCACAACCGAAGAGUGACAAGAAUUAUGCAUUUGAUUUACAUCCACUGCAUCAUUUCUUAAGGAGGCUGGGGGGUCAACAAAUUAACCAUAAACAGAUUUAACUUAUUUUUUUAGAUACGGUAUCUUUUAAGCUGUCAACUAUCAUUUGGCAAAGAAAAAAAUCAUACAUUUUAGUUUUGAAAAUUUGAUCAUUUUUGUAUAUUUUUAUAUGGAGCUCUUCUUUUAAAGGAGAUCAAAAUAGUCUAAAAAUGGCUGCCACACCCCAGCCUCGUUAACAUCUGUUAUAUAAUUGAGAAAUUAAAAAAUAGUACAUUGUACAUCCCAAUAACAUAUUAGAUUCAUUGCAUGAGUUUAACAAGUUCAGUUGUAAAUAUUGAAAGAUAAUAAUGUACCUUGACAAAUGAAAUGAUUUGUUAUUAUCAUUUGAUUAUACUU